UGCGCACGCGCGUUGAGCCAGGAGGGUCGCCAUGGUAACACUGCAACACAGAAUAUAGAUACAUUGGGAGCGUGCGCGUGACCUCAGAAUUAACUCUAAAUGUUCUUUUCAUAUCUCCAGAACCGAAGCAGCACAAACGACUGAGACUGUUCUGCCGAGGUUUAGCGGUGGGCGGGGAAACUUCACGCAGGUUUCAGACAGCCUUUUACAUUUGUUAUUUACUUUGAUAGGUUUUCGUUUGUUUGUUUUGAAAGCUUUCUCGUCACCAUGGCGUCUCACGGCCCUGGUGCGCGUGGAACCCACUUGUCUGACGAGCUGAUGGAGGAUGAAGCUGAGAAUGAAUUUCUGCGUUCCAAGCCUUCGUCCUUUCUUAUCCUUGGGAAACCUGGUGUUGGGAAGUCGACCCUUGCCAGAAACUUGGCCCGGACUUGGGGGUGUGUCCUCAUUGAUGACACGCCACUGCUCAGCACUCACAUUCGUGAUGGUACAGAGCAAGGGAAAGAGCUUUCAGCGAUCCUGGCUGAGGGAAAGAACAUUCCGGAGGAGAAGAUGGUGAUGUUAGUUCUCGAAAAGCUGAAAACUGCAGAGGUGGAGAACUACGGCUAUGUUCUGUCAUGUCUGCCGUCCAUGUCUGGGGAAUAUCUGAAGAUUCACGAGCAAAUAGAACUGAUACGAAACCAAACACACCCACCGGACUUCAUCAUCAACAUAAAGUGUGAAGAUAAGGACCUGAUCAACCGCCUUGCAGGCCAGAAGCAGCAGCAGGACGCAGUGAAAAAGGUGUCACGUAACAGUGAUGAGGAGGACGAGGAGGACGAGGAGGAGGACAAGGAGGACGAGGAGAAGAUGAAGGAUGAGGCACUUUUACAUUUACAUUUAUUCGUUUAGCA